CGCCCUCUGUGCAUCUCUUUGUCUCUCUGGCCGCCUCUGCCUCCAUCUCUGUGUGUCUGCGUCUUCAUCCCUGUCUCUGAGUUUCGGCUUGGGUGUCUCUCUCCUACCCCCGUCUCUCUGUGUCCUGUCUGUCUCUGCCUCUCCUGUCCCUCUCUCCGCAGCGCCCUCCCCGUCUCUGUCUCUCUGAGUCCCUAGCUCGCUCCUUCUCUAAAUCUGUGUCCCUAUAGCCCCCUGCGUCUCUCUGACUCUCCCUGCAUCUCCCUCCCCUGUCUGUGAAUUUCUCUGCGUCCAUCUUCUGUCCUCUCCCUCCGGUCCCUGGCUCCCUGCCGUGCUUCCUCUGGUCCCGAGUCUCCCUUUCAUCUCCCGCCUGGCCCUCCUCCCUGUGGCAACCUCCUCCCUGCGGCCACCUCCUCCCUACGGCCUCUCGGGGCAGGGUGGGCGCCUGGGCGUGCUGCGCGCGCCCUCAUGUGGCCGGCAGACGCUGCGUGUGAGCGCCAAAAGGAGAGUGCUGGGGAGCGGGGGACGCUGGUGUUCGCGGUGACACUGGGAAAUGGCGUGUGACACCUGGAGGCUGUGUGAGUGUGUACUGCCGGGAGACGGCGUGCGACAUCUGGAGAGUGUGUGAGUGUGUACUGCCGUGAUGGUGUGUGACUCCAGGAGAUCUGUGAGUGUGUAGUGCUGUGAGAUGGUGUACGACGCCAGGAAACUGUGUGAGUGUGGACUGCCGUGAGAUGGUGUGCAAUGGCAGGAAACUCUGUGAGUGUGUACUGCCGGAAGAUGGCGUGCGACAUCUGGAGAGUGUGCGAGUGUGUACUGCCAUGAUGGUGUGUGACUCCAGGAGAUGUGUACUGCUGUGAGAUGGUGUGCGACGCCAGGAAACUGUGUGAGUGUGUACUGCCGGGAGAUGACGUGCGACAUCUGGAGAGUGUGUGAGUGUGUACUGCCCUGAUGGUGUGUGACUCCAGGAGAUCUGUGAGUGUGUACUGUGGUGAGAUGGUGUGCGACGCCAGGAAACUGUGUGAGUGUCGACUGCCGUGAGAUGGUGUGCAGUGCCAGGACCAGGACACCAUGAGUGUGUACCGCCAUGAUGGUGUACUGGUGAGAUGGUGUGUGGUGCUGGGAGUCUGUGUGUGACUGAUUGAUGUGAGAUUAUGUGCGACAAGGAGAGACUGAGUGGGACUGCAUAUGUCAGAGAUGACAUGUCGCUGACUGUGUGUGACACUGAGAUUACUGGUGAUGCUAAGAUUGUGGGUGACUGUGUGUGCUGAUGAAAGGUUAUGUGUGAUUGGGUGUGGGAGAGACACUCUUUGGGGCUCUGUAUGGGACACUGAGAGACCGUAUGUGGGAGUGAGAGACCGUGUGUGACGGUGCGUGUGAGGGGGCAGUGUGUGUGGCUGUGUGCAACAUGGUGAGCAUACGGUGCUGUGUGUGUCACACAAGCAGAUUCUGUGUGAGAGAGAGUGAGACUGAUGACUGAUGUACACUGAGAGGUGGUGUGGGCAGGUGUCAUGAGAGGCACAUAGGGGGCCUGGGUGGGACAGACGCAGUGAGUGUCAGACAGUCUGUGUUGGCCACACUGUGUAUGGCUUGUGAAAAAGUACGUGAUCCGGGCACAUUGCUGCAAUCCCAGCACUUUGGGUGGCUGAGGCUGGAGGAUCCGUUGAGGCCAGGAGUUUGAGACCAGCCUGGGCAACAUAGGGAGACCCCUCCCCGCCUCCGCCGUCUCUACCAAAAUAAAAAUAAAAGAAAUUAACCAGGUGCGGUUAUGUACCUCUGUGGUCCCAGCUACUGGGAGGCUGAGGUUGGAGGAUCGCUUGAGCCUGGGAGGUGGAGGCUGCAGUGAGCUAAGAUCACGCCACUGCACUCCAGCCUGGGUGACAGAGAGAGAGACCUUGUCUCGAAAAACAAAACAAAACUGUGUGACUAUGUGUGACACUGAGCUGGUGAGAGAUGGCAGCGUUGUGACAGUGCAUGCAAGAGUUUGAGGCUGUGCAGGGCACUCGGAAGCGAGAGCGUGAGGGAGGCCUUGUGUAUAGAAGGCAAGAGAUGAUGGAGAGGUAGGAGUGAGUGUGUGAAACGCUGCGAGAUUGUGUGGGACUCUGUGAGACACUGAGCCAUCGUGGGUAGCUAGGUAUGACACCAGGAGAUGGGAUGCAUGCAUGUGUGUGAAGGGACAGACUGUGAAUGGAGGGAAUGUGUCAGAUGCGUGUGACACCAGGAGACUGUGAGAGAAUGUAUGUGACCUUCCAUGGUUGUCACUGGACAGGCGACUGGGUGUUACUAUGAAAUACUAUAAAACAGUGUGUACUUGACAGGUUGUAUUGGGUAAUUGCAUGCCACCGUGAGACACAGAAAGUGUGAGACUGGGACAGGAUGUGAGAUUGAGAGAGAAGUUUAAAUGGCAUGCAAGGCCAGGCACGGUGGCUCAUGCCUGUAAUCCCAGCACUUUGGGAGGCCGAGGCGGGUGGAUGACCUGAAGUCAGGAGUUCGAGACCAGCCUGGCCAACAUUGUGAGACCCUGUCUCUACGAAAAAUACAAAAAUCAGACGGGCGUGGUGUCAGGCACCUGUAAUCCCAGCUACUCAGGAAGCUGAGGCAGGAGAAUGGCUUGAACCCAGGAGGCGGAGGUUGCAGUGAGCCGAGAUUGGGCCACUGCACUCCAGCCUGGGCAACACAGCGAGACUUCAUCUCAAAAAAAAAAAAAAAGGCAUGCAAAUGUGUGUGACAUUUGGAGACAUUAUGUGUGACACUGUGGUACGUUUGGUGCUCUGAGAUAAUUUAUCUGACUGUGUAGCGCUUGGAGCUGCCAUUGGUGGCGGCUGUGUGUGGCAUUUGGGGCGAUCGUGUGAGGUUGUGUUGAACAAGGUCAUUCGUGAGGUUGUGUGGUGCUACCGUGUGACAGGGCAAGAUAGUUUGUGUCUGUGUGAGGGACAGUGAGCAUGAGGCUGGGGGGGGGUGACACCGAGGUGGCGAGUGUGGCUGAGUGAGCAGCUCUGUGGGACACACUGGAGUGGUUUGUUGUGACUGUGGAUUAAAUGUAGCGAGGCCCGGGGCCCACCUAGAGAGACUGUGUUUUCUAGUGAGUGUGAGAGAGGCACAGAGAGAGUCACACAAGAGGACAGCAGCGGCAGAGACACAAGGAGAGGGACAAAGAUAGGACUGACAGACAAGAGAGAGGGCCCAGAGAGGGAGCCCCAAGGUGGCCGGGCGGCGGGGACGGUGGCUCCGGGAGGAGGCGGGUCCGUAGGGGCUGCGCCCCAGGGGAGGGGGCGGGGCGGGCCAGAGGGACCCAGACGCUGCCUCCCAGCCUCUGUCACCGCCGCCAGCCCGGCCCAGAGCAGCAACAGGUAGGAAGCUCCGGUCCCGGCCCCACAGCUGGUCCCUUUGCCUGCUCCGUGGCCACCGUCUCUCCGCCUGGGAAUGAAUGAGUGAAUGAGUGAAUGAGUGAGUGAAUGAAUUCUUCUGCGUCUCCAUCAGCCUGUCUCUCGCUUUGUUCCUCUCUCCCACUUUCUGUUUCCAUCUCUCCCCAACCCCUCCAUCUCUCUCUCUGUCCUUCCCUUCUUUCCUCUGUCCCUCUAUCUCCCCGUCUCUGUUCCUUUAUCUCCUUGGUGUCUCUGCUCCUUCCUCCCUCCCCCCUUCCUCCAUUUCCCCUUCUCUCUCCUUCGUCCCUCCCUCCAUCACCCCAUCCUCUCCCACCCCAUCCGUCCAUCUCCUCCAUCCUCUCCCACCCCACACCCCCUCCCUCCAUCUCCCCAUCCUCUCCCACCCCACACCCCCUCCCUCCAUCUCCCCAUCCUCUCCCACCCCACACCCCCUCCCUCCAUCUCCCCUGCUCUGUCCCCUCUGUCCCUUUGUCCCCUCGGUGCCUGUCGCCUUGUAUCACCCUGUUCCUUGCUCCCCCCUUCAUUUGUCCCUCUAUUUUCUCCUCCAUCACUUCAUUCCUCCCCCAGUCUCUCCCUCUCUCUAUUCCUCCCUGUCUCUUCAUUUCUCCCGUGCCUCAGUCUCUCCCUCCAUUACUCUGUCUCUGCCUCUGCGCGUCCCGUUGUCCCUCUGUCCAUCCGAUAGGCCUCUCCUCAGGUGCCCGAGUUGGGCUCCCCCAACCCUCUCCCCUGGCUGCUAAUGAGCAGAGGAGGCUUUGAGGUGACCAGGGCUAGGGUGGGGGGGCUCCCUGAGGGUGGCGGAGGGGGCAGCUGCUGCCAAGGCCCUAAUGAGGCCCCCUCUGUGCCCCUCCCGCCGCGAUCUUAAUUCCCAGUUCUCCCUGGAGCCACUGCUAAUUGGCCUGGGGGAGGGGCCCCCCUCCUGGCUCUCGCUCUGCCCCCGGGGGUGAGGACACCUGGAUUCUGAUCCAGCACCUGUGGCCCUGUCCUUCUGUCUCAGCCUCCCAUCUGUGCGCCCCUCCUUCCCUCCCUCGCCCCUCCCUGCUCUCUCCCCACCUGCCUUAGCUACCUCCAUCCGUGCACCCCUCCAUCGCUCCUCUUGUUCCUGUCCCCUUCAUCUGUCCCUCCCUCCACCAGCCCCUGGCCACCCCAUUCACGCGCCCUUCCACCCUCGCACCUGUUACCGGGGCCCGCCCUCUCGCCCCCACCUCGGGACCCAGACGUAUCCUAACCUACCCCCACAGCCCCCACUCCCGCGCGUCUUUUAACCCCUUCCCCGCCGCAACCAUGUCCAACAACAUGGCCAAGAUUGCCGAGGCCCGCAAGACGGUGGAACAGCUGAAGCUGGAGGUGAACAUCGACCGCAUGAAGGUGUCGCAGGCAGCAGCCGAACUCCUGGCUUUCUGCGAGACGCAUGCCAAAGAUGACCCGCUGGUGACGCCAGUACCCGCCGCGGAGAACCCCUUCCGCGACAAGCGCCUCUUUUGUGUUCUGCUCUGAGCCCUCCGGACAGCUUACCCUCCCCUGCCAAUGUGUGGAUCCAAUAAACUUGGUAACUGUGGUGGUGCCUGUGCUUUCAGGGAGACUGAGGCACGCACAGAGCUUGGGGCCACCGUAGGGGAAGCU